CUCUGCGACGCGCCGGCGGCUGGCGCAGCCCUUCGCUCGCCCGGCCUCCCCCUCCCUGGUUCCGCGCUCUGGUUCCGCCAUGGAAUCCAACAAGGAUGAAGCCGAGCGCUGUAUUAGCAUCGCCCUCAAGGCCAUCCAGAGCAACCAGCCCGACCGGGCGCUCCGCUUCCUGGAGAAGGCGCAGCGGCUGUACCCGACGCCGCGAGUUCGCGCCCUGAUCGAGUCCCUCAACCAGAAACCACAGACUGCCGGUGACCAACCCCAACCCUCAGAUGCAAGCCAUGCCACCCAUAGGAAAGCAGGUGGGACUGAUGCCCCCUCGGCCAACGGUGAAGCUGGAGGAGGAGAGAGCACCAAAGGCUACACUGCAGAACAAGUAGCAGCCGUGAAAAGGGUCAAGCAAUGUAAAGAUUACUACGAGAUCCUGGGGGUGAGCAGAGGGGCCUCAGAUGAGGACCUGAAGAGGGCCUACCGCAGAUUGGCCCUCAAAUUCCACCCAGACAAGAACCAUGCACCUGGCGCCACUGAAGCUUUCAAAGCCAUUGGCACAGCAUAUGCGGUACUUAGCAACCCAGAGAAAAGGAAGCAGUAUGACCAGUUUGGCGACGACAAGAGCCAGGCAGCCCGGCAUGGCCACGGGCAUGGGGACUUCCACCGUGGCUUUGAGGCUGACAUCUCCCCUGAAGACCUCUUCAACAUGUUCUUUGGUGGUGGCUUUCCUUCUAGUAACGUCCAUGUCUACAGCAACGGCCGCAUGCGCUACACCUACCAGCAAAGGCAGGACCGUAGGGAGAACCAGGGUGACGGGGGGCUAGGGGUAUUUGUCCAACUGAUGCCCAUCCUCAUCCUGAUCCUCGUGUCAGCUCUCAGCCAGCUCAUGGUCUCCAGUCCACCCUACAGUCUGAGCCCAAGACCGUCGGUGGGUCACAUCCACAGGCGAGUCACUGACCACCUGAAUGUUGCCUACUACGUGGCAGACACCUUCUCUGAAGAAUAUACAGGCUCCACCCUCAAAACAGUUGAGCGGAAUGUGGAAGAUGAUUAUAUUGCCAACCUCCGAAACAACUGCUGGAAGGAAAAGCAGCAGAAGGAAGGCUUGUUGUAUCGGGCCCGCUACUUCGGUGACACAGAUAUGUACCACAAAGCACAGAAGAUGGGCACUCCAAGCUGUAACCGGCUGUCAGAGGUGCAGGCCUCCCUGCAUGGAUAGCCCUGGGCCAGCCACACCACCGAGGUCUAAACCAUGAAAUCCCUGGAGAAUUUUUGGUGACAUGCACUGAGCCAAGGUGAUGGACUGUAUAUUUAAGGAAAGACACACAAAGAAAAAAAAUUAAAAUGGAAUUGGAGGUCAAAUGCCGCACAACUGCCCUCUCUCUCACCCAGUAUAUGCAGAAAGCUCUCAGGACAGACAGACAACCUGCCACGGGGCUGUUUCUCUCCCUCCCAGGUCUGGCAGAGGCUCUGCAUCGGCUCUCUCCUAGGAUACGGAAACCAUGGCAACGAAAGUAGAAUGUAAAACUUGCAACAAAUGUCUGUGAGGAGGGCUGGGGGAGGGGUGCCCGACUGCCUUUCCUCCCCGUCCCAGGAGCCACCACCGGCACCUCAGGAGGAGCCAGUCAGAGGCACUGGUCAAGGAUAGAGAGGAGGAGGAAAGAGAACUCUCCAUAGAAUGUAAUUUAUAGAUGCAUGUAUAUGUAUAUAUAUAUCUAUUUAUAUGUAAAUAGACAUAUAAAGAUAUAUAUAUAUAUGUAGUGUACUUUUUAACCUAUGCAGGGAUUUGGUUAAGUUGUUUAGCUGAUUUCUUUCAUGUUUUAGAAAAUGAGGCCUGUUUGGGGAAGGCAGCCUGGUCCUUCAAAAGCUAGAUGUUCGCCAUAGCUGACAGCAUAAGGAAAGUUGGGGCACGUGCUGUUAAUGUCCCCCCACCCACCCCAGCCUGUUUUGGAUGGCAGCAGUAAUCAUGGUAGUAAAAAUCCAAAGAAAACUUCCGAAGGUCACCAGGCUUAAGCUGGAGAAGAGAAAGCUGUGUGGGAAGGAAGGUGCCCAUAGGGGCAAGUACCUGGUCAGUAUUGAGUCACAGUAGAGGCCCCAGAUAGGACCUGCUGGGAUGAGACCGCCCACCUCAAGCUGUCCCUCCCCUCUGGCCAGCUCAGGUGGGCUCUUUGGCCCAAUGCCCAGGAACCCUCCAGCUUCCUUCCCACAGAACAGCAGGACUUGGAGAGGGGCCAGGUUCUACCUAACCACUUUCCCACCCCAAAGUCCCUAAGUGGGUUUUGCCUUAUGGGUGCCACAGGGCACAGCUCCAUCGUUGCCACUGGUUUUUCCUAAGUUGCGCACCAAGAAUUCCAGAAGGCUCUUCCUCCAAGAGACAGCCAGGUGGUGCCCAGGACCCCAGGGCAGCAGCCCGACUCCUGAAGAGAGAAGUCAGGGCCUGCAGGCACCUCUGCCUUCACCCUCCAUGGAUGUGACUCCACCAGGUUCCUCUUGCACUUUGGACAAAGGACACACCUGAACCAGAAUGGUUUUCUUACCCUCACCUUCAAAUGAGGAUUUUUCUCAAAACAGCAGUUGCUACCAGGGGAAGGAGGGAGGUUUUGUUUGUUCCCACAGCUUAUAUUGGGCCUUUUGGAAUUACCAUUCUUCCCUAAUUUUCCUGUGGGGGUGGGUGUGUCAUUGAGCCUGCCAUCUUCCAAAGCCUUACUUCCCCAAGCUGCCAGCCAGGAGGUGACAACUGUCCUCCCAGAGUUUCUCUUGGCUCUUUUUUUUUUUAAAGUCCCCCAACAAAUAGGAUUCUUGCUGGGAAAGGAAGUUUGGUAAGGAAAUGUCAAAUCUGGUUUUUAAACAAGAUCCUACCCUGCAAUGAAGUGGCCACCCCCACCCAGAGAGAUCACAAGAACUGGAUGUGGGCCAGAGUGCCCCACCUGCCGUGGCCCUGGUGCUCUGCCCCCACCACCUCAACCAUCUGGUCUUGGUAGAUGUCCCUAGAUGGGCUGAGCCAUGUGCAAUAAGAACAUAGAUCCUAAAGGAUCCCCUGAGAAGUGUAUUUCUUGAAUUAGAAUUCCGAAA